AGUCGAGUGCGUUACGCGUUUCACGCUCGGAUCGAACGCAGACUCGGAUCUCGUCGCGGUGAGCGGUCGAUGUAUCCGGAAGACGCGUUCAGUAGUUGGAUUUGCCUCGGCGAUCUGGAGGUUCUCGGUGGAAAUUAAAGGACUAGGACGGAGGAUGCGGAGAAAAGUGGAAAGGGAAACGGUAAAAUCCGUGGAUACGUGAUCGAUCGGCUUCCCUCGGAACCCGUAAGAAACGUGCAGAACCAGCAAGAGGACAGAACGCGCGACGACCGGAAUGGACCGGUGGCCGGUGCGCCUCGCGUUCCUCGGGGCGCUCGUCGCCAGCAUUCGCGCCGUCGACGACUUUCGAGGCAUCUCCUACGAAGAUCUGGCGGACGCUAGCCUGUUCCAACAAGAGGGAGUCACCACGUAUUCCCAGUUGCUGUUCGACGUCGCUAGACAGCAGGUGGUCGUCGGGGCACGGGACAACCUCUAUCGGCUGACUCUGGCGUCGUUGUCGCCGCUCGAGCAUGCCUCUUGGCCCGCGUCCGAUGAGAAGAGCAACACCUGCCAGAACAAGGGCCAGAGCGACGAGGAUUGCCGCAACUACGUGAAGGUGUUGCUCAGCAAUGGCAAGAGCCUGUUCACCUGCGGCACCUACGCCUUCAGCCCUUGGUGCACUUGGAGAGAGAUCGAGAAUAUCAGCAGCGUGACCAACGAGAUGUCCGGCAUCGCGAUGUGCCCUUACUCUCCACGCGCCAACGUCACCGCGCUUUUGGCCAGAGGUCCGACCGGCGGUCUCUUCACCGGUGCGCCCACGGACUUCUCCGGCGCUGACCCAGCCAUCUGCAGGACCCUCGCCACGCCUAAUCUUCGGACGCACCAGUACGACUCCAGGUGGCUCAACGACCCGCAGUUCGUCGCCAGCUUCGAAACGGAAGACCACGUCUACUUUUUAUUCCGCGAAUCGGCCGUCGAGUACAUCAACUGCGGCAAGAAAGUCUACUCGAGAAUAGCCAGAGUCUGCAAGAACGAUCGAGGCGGUCAGAUCAUGAUGAGAGACGUUUGGACCACCUUCAGCAAGGCUCGCCUCAACUGCUCCCUCCCCGGAGAAUUUCCCUUCUACUACGACGAGAUUCAAGGUGCGGUCUACCAUCCGGAAGAGGGCAUCGUUUACGCGACCUUUACCACGCCCAUCAACGGCAUCGCCGGCUCAUCGAUUUGCGCGUUCAACAUGUCCGCGAUCACCGGCAGCUUCAACGGGCCGUUCAAACACCAAGAGAAUUCGGGCGCUGCCUGGGAGAGGAGACCCGUCUCCCAUCAUAAUCGACAGCGGUGCGGCUCCUCGGCAGAUGUCGCUCCCCAUCAGAUCGUGGACAACCAGCGGUACCAAUUGAUGGACGACGCGGUCCAGAGCACCACGCUCGAACCUCUCCACACCGCGAUACACGAGAGGUUCACGUUGAUCGCCCUCGAUGUCACGCCCACUAAAUUGCAUCGCGGCGUCACGGUCCUCUACGUCGCCACUGAUCUUGGCCUGAUUAAAAAGAUCUCGAUACUGCCUCGCACCCAACAGACCUGCAUCGUCGAGGUCUGGGGACCUUUGCCCUCCACGCCCCUCACCUUGCAGUUCCUCAAGGACACGCAGAGUCUCUACGUCGGCAUGGAAGUCGGCCUUUUGAGAGUACCAGCAGUCCAGUGUCAUCGACAUCGCAGUCGUCAAGCUUGCUUGAACGCUCAAGAACCGUACUGCGGAUGGGACGAGCUUCUGAUGAUGUGCGCACCUGCCCCGAAGCGAAAUCAUCUGGCCAAUCACUGGCACCAAGAGGUAACAAAAUGUCCCGUUCUCACGGAUCCUGUGGACGGCGGAUGGAGCGCUUGGAGCUCUUGGUCCCCCUGCCAACACGGCGCCGCCACGGAACAACCUCAUUCUCUCCAUUCUCAUUAUUAUUCCGAGCAGACGGAGAUCGGGGACACUUGUCUGUGCCAAACGCGAGAAUGCAACAAUCCUCCACCGCGACACGACGGCGCCAAUUGCUCGGGCGCCAGGGUCAGAGUGGCCAACUGCACGGUUCACGGUGGCUGGACAGCCUGGUCGGCCUGGUCGGCGUGCUCGCAAACUUGCGGGUUCGCGAUGAAAACGAGAAGGCGGUCCUGCACAAAUCCUGCUCCCGCUUUCGGAGGACGAGUCUGCGUAGGCCACGACCACGACGACAUCGUCUGCAUAGAUCUACCACCCUGUCCCACGCCCGCCAAGGCAACUCCGCUCCCGCAAACUGGCCAGUGGUCCUCCUGGGGCGCUUGGAACUCUUGCUCCCGACCAUGCAACGCCGGAAUGCGUAUACGAAGGAGAAGCUGCGAAAGUUCGUCGCAGCGGAAGGCCUCCACCGUCGAGUGCAACGGGUGCGACUUUCAGGUGGAGGAGUGCAACACUCAUCAAUGCGUCGAGACGAAGAGGUACUCUGGCUGGACGCCCUGGUUGGCAGCUAACGCCAGCCUCCAGAACGGAAAUAUCGGCUACGUGGAGAAGCGAUUUCGUUUCAGUUGCUGCAGGAACGACGGAUCCUGCAUGAGGGGAAACGCGAAUCAGAACGCGUACGGGGAGCUCGGCACGGGGGAGACUGGAUGGAACGAGUGGUCCUCCUGGUUGCCGUGCGAUCGCCCUUGCGGAGGAGGUUCCCAGCACAGAGUGAGACAAUGCGAAUCGUCGCCCUGCGACGGCGUGUCGCGUCAGACUAGGCUCUGCAACGUACAGCCGUGUCGGGCAAGCGGGACGGGAAACGGCGGUCCCGACGCGGAAGGGCAAUGGUCGUGCUGGACGGAUUGGUCCGAGUGUUCGGCCUCGUGUGGGAUCGGUGUACGCACCAGAACGAGGGAGUGCUUGGGUCCGGAGAGUUGCGAAGGGCCGCGACUUGUCAGAGAGACUUGCGAGAUGCCCAGCUGCGAGUCCCUGCAAGGUUGGGACAGUUGGUCCCGCUGGACGUCCUGCGACGACGACCAUCAGCAGCACCGGAAGCGGCAGUGCCUUCAGCAUGGGAACGGAAUGUGUCAGGGACCCGGCAGGGAGACUCGCGACUGUUUGCCCGAUUGCACCGACAAUGACGUGAACGCCCUAAGGUCCAGCGUGGAGAGCUCAGGCGUGACAAUUGGAGCGGUGGUGGGCAGUUGCGUGGCCGGGUUUCUGGUCGGGUUGGCCGUGACAACGGUGUUGAGUUUCUGCUACCUGAAGCGGCGACAGCAACGAAUUCCCGGCAGUCCGCACUACAUCACCAAGCAGAAUCCUUACGUGACAGUCCCGUUGAAAGAGGUGAACGCCAAGCGACAGCCCAGCUUCUCCGGUAGCACGAACGGUACCGGGACUCUCCGCGGCAAGAACAAUCCGAACGUGAACGGCCUGGGAAGUCCGAAACCGUAUCCGAAGAGCCUCGACUACGAGUCCGCUACCCUGAAGCGCAACAGUCACGGGCAACAGCACAUUCGAGUCGAUUUGGAUCAAGACAAAUAUUACUGACGACGGAUCGACAAACACAGGAGCAAGUUCGUUAAUCGACCUUUCCGCCAUGAAGGCGAGCGAACUGUCAGGCGAGAUCCGUCUCUGCCGCGACCUCGGUGCGCACGCGGAAUUCUUUCUUUAUUUUAAAAGGCAGACGCACGAUGCCUGUCGGUUUUGCAUCGAACGAUAUAGUGCCAUCGCGAAGUCUCGUUGAACGUGACAUGGGAACGGACGAGAGUGUAAUGUGUAUGUAUGCGAGAGUGCGUACGAUUGUGCAUUCGUCGCACACGUCGCGUCGAUCGAAUCUUUUUAUUUUAUUGGCUCACAUUGAGUCGCGGCCACGCGUCGACUCGAACGCGCGAACAAUAGCCGAGAAGGAGGAUGCGAAACGAGCGCGAACGGACGACGUUUUACGACUGAACAAUUU